GCAAGGGGCAGCCCACAGCCUUCCCUUCCGGUGCCAGAGUCGAAACAACUGGUGACUCGAAGCACACUGCCAAUUUGUCUCCGGGGGCGGUGGAUGCUGGAAAUGACGGGAAGAAUAUUGCCCGCUGUGCUGAAACGACUAGGGGGAAACCGAACAAGACAAGUCAUACCCAGGACAGUGCAGCUGAUAGAAAUAAGCUACCAGCGUCUUCAGUUAAACUUCGGCCUGGGUCCCGGGCAGCACAGCCGCCUCCUCCUCUCGUCUAUAAACCCAAGCUGAGGAAGGGGCCCUCACCCCUCCCCGACGAUCGUCCACCUGUAGACGACCGGACGGAGCACCAGCAUGCCCGGCUCGGGGAAGGUGGCAACAUGGACUCCUGUGCGGGUACAGGAGCCCCUCCCCAACUGCAACAGGGAGAGAAGGGCACUGACGCCGAGCCGUUUGAACAAAUAACCCCGCUUCAAGGGCAGGCGGGUGUGGUACAGCAGGACCUGUUGAAGGCACAUGACACACAGUCGGAAAGGUGUGCAGUGGCUCGGUCACCCGAUCUGGGGCAGGAUGUUGUGCCGCAGCAGGAUCGGUUGACGACACAUGACCGACAGGGUGAUAAGGACGCAGUGUCACGGUCUGAUCCGGGUCCGUCCUUGGUUGUGCCCACUAGCACCGGGGAAAUAAGGAAGCCGCGGACAGCACAACCUCACAAACCGCACUACGUCCCUCCCUCCCACAACGGUUCUUCCGGGGCGCCCUGCGACCAACCUGACAGAGCAUUGACACCAUUACCUGCCGACAUUGCCAACCAUGGAUCUGUUCAGCCUGAGGGGGGCAUGCAACUGGCCGCACUCGCACCGAGCCACCUGCCGCAACGGGGAGGCACUUCCUGGGGAGGCGCGCCCUCGGCUGAAGGAUGCGGAGUCCAGAUUGCCAGAACGGAGGUGAGGAAUCCCAUAAUCCUCGAUCCCCACAGAAUGUGGCUCAAGGCCAACUCCCUCCUCACCAAGAUUAAGGGUGCAACAUUCUCCCAACCCCGGGGUGUAUCAAAGGGAAAGAUGAAAUUGUCGGCAGCCUCCCCCCCCUCUCUGUCGGAGGACUCAACAAUAGACCGCUCUGAGUCGCAGCGAAUGCAGCCUGCUCAUGACUUGCAGUCCAAUGACGGGGGCCCGCCCACAGAGCCACGCUCGGUGAUUAGCCUUACACUGUCACCGUCGCAGUCACGGUCACGGUCUCAGUCGCAACCGCAAACGCAGACAUCUGGAGAGCUACAAAUGGAGCCAGGUGAUGUGGGCCUGGCUGCGGUGCCACCCGCCUCGAUUAGCCUGAGGCUUUCACAGUCGCAGCCCCGGUCCCAGUCGCAGUUGCAAUCGCAAUCACAGACAUGUGGCACGCCAGGAAUAAAAUUGGGGUGCCAGGAGGAUGAUGACAGUGAAGGACUGGACCGCCCGCCAGUGCACGAUGUGAUGCUCGGUCUCGAUGAGAAAGCCCCACAGACCACAAAGCUCAAGGAAGUGGUCUCAGAGCUUACCGGUGAGCGCAAGUUCUUGCUUCUCACUCCCCCCGAAAAAGUCGAGCAUCACACUCGCCCCCGCCCCCCUGAAGACGACGGGCGAGUGUCUCAAGGAGGGACCGUGGACUGUCUGCUCACCGGGGAGCGACAACGGUUGCCAGGUCCGUCAGGCCCGGGUCCCCUGCCCAUCUCUCGAGCGGAGGGGAAUGAACAAUACGGCCGCGAAAGCGUACAAACUGGCCAGCAACAGCCUUUGGAGCCACAACUGCCAGUUGACCCGAUGGAACAGCGACUCGCUGUUGGAGACAAGUCUGACCGACUGCCGGCGGCCGGGCAGCAACAGCAGUCCCCCCAGGACCAACCUCAGAACGUCGGUCCUCAAUCGCUGAUAACGGAUCUGGCUGUGUCCCCCCCCAAGCUGCACACUAUCCAGGACCAGCCUGAGAACGUCGGUCCUCAAUCGCUGAUAACGGAUCUGGCUGUCUCCCCCCCCAGUCCCCUCGCCUGCCGCUCCAUGGUCGGGCUGCUGGAAAGUCAGCCAUCUCUGCCCCCGAGUGCUCCCUCAGGGGCCAGCUGCCGAAAGACUGUGGUUCUUCAUGAUGACGAUGACACAGACGAAAACCAAUCACAAUCUGAUGAUGAUAGGCAACCCGAUGCUCCCCCUAAAAAGAUGCGGGAUAUGGUGCGACUACAAGAGGACGAUAGUUCGCCGGUGGCCAUGCCCCCGGGGGUGGCCAUCUUCCCCAUCAAGAGGGAGAAGGAGGGGGGCCAGUGGCUACUGCGCCUUGGCCCCCCAGUGGACACCGCCCGCCAGCCUCAAAUGACAAAGACUACACCGCCGAUGAUGAAUCUGCCGAUUGAAGGCUGGAGGGGGAAUCCUUCGACGGUCGUGAUCCUGAAACGCCUUAAAUACUGGGUUAGGGAGAGUGGCAUAUCCGACACAUUGGGGGUGGUCCUUCCUCAGACACUCACAUUCCCGAAGGGCAUUAUUCCCGUCCUGCUUUUGCUGGAUCCCAAAAGUGGGACAAGCAAAACAGGCACGAGCUUCAGGUGGUUUACCCACCGUCAGCUGAUGGACCUCCCCACAACACGUUUUGUGACCAACUAUGCCUGGACAGCGGGUAGAGUUUUGUUCUUCAUGCAGACCUUGGAAGAUAAUGUCCUCGAGGAGCACAACCAGUGGGAUGACCCGCCGUUUGUGCUUCCCAUCAAGGUCUUGCCUUGAUGACCUGGCCCGGUGACUACAAGGUGCUGACUACAAAUAAUGGUCCCGCCUAUACCAAAUUGUGUGGCAGCGAGCAGCAGUGGACUGCUCCCUAACGGGGCCCAUUGUCCAGCCGGCCGGCCACAGGGGCAACCUCAUCAAUCUUCACCCCGGCCCGACCCCCCUCCACCGCAUCUUCGACCAUCACCCCCCCAACAUCUAUUGCCCCCCCAAUGCCCACCGCCCUCCCUCGUUUUCCCUAAAGUCAGGAGGCCACCCCAGUGGGCAACCAAACUGGCCCAGGCAGACCUGGACAUUCGCUCCCUUAACGUU